GAUAAAUGUCCUCGAUGGGCCGCAUGUGGCCCUUGGGCCGUAGUUUGAGGACACCUGCUCCACACCAUGUUGGUUGGAGUGGGGCCAAUUUUUUAAAGCGAUUUGUGCUUUAAAGAGCAAAAAUUCUUGACUACAGGUUUUCUAGUUUGUGAGAAGAAAAACCAUAAGCCCUCAAUGAUCUGAGGGAGGUAAACUGAGGAAGGUGACUUGCCAACAGGCUGGAGAUAUUGUAUUCGAUCAUGUUAGUACAGUUAGAAUUUUCAGGGAAUCAGAGAGACGUAAUGUCUCAUAGUUAAUCCUAAAGUAAGCUGAAAAGGACGAAUUAUUCUCAGUGCAUGGCCUGGGCCCUUUGGAGACAAUGUAAUUAGGGAUGAGAAGAGAAAAAAGGAUGGAAAGAGGGAAAGGGAAAGAGUAAAAGAGAAUAAAGGAACUAGAGAUUCCAGGCCUUCCAGAAUAGAAAAAUCCAAGAAAGUCCAAAUGAAACCUUCUUAAAUUAUUUUCAUUGUUCUUAAAUCAUUCUCUAAUUAUUUCCCUGGUAUCAUCCUUGAGAAGAGAGGGCAUGGCUUCAUUUCCUAGCAUGUUUUAAUUAAUACUUGAUUGAUUGGACGAUUGACUCAUUUGAACCCGAAGUGAAAUGGAGCUUUUUAAUUUUCUUUUCUGCUGAACCUGAAAUAGCACAUAUAGUGAUUAGGAAAGGAUCCUUUGUUAUCAGGAAGUCCCAGCUACAAUGGGCUCUUUGUAACUGAGCAAAGGGAAGGUAGGCGAUUAUUUAGGAGCUGAUAAAACACCCCCCCACCACUCCCUGCUGCUUUCAGUGAUACGGGAUUUUCUUGAUCAUUAUUUUCUCCUCCAGUGAGUUUCAUGGCUGGAGGGCCUGGCUGCACAGCGCACUACCUGGGGGUGAUCGUCACCCCAGUCCAGCCACACAUGUGCCUGAUGGUCACUCUCCUGUGCCCUUCAGUGCUUCUUCCCGUUCUCCCCAGUGACCUGGAUUGGCUGAUUGACGAUUAGUCAAGAUCUCAUUUGUUUUUUCAGAACUUCUGAAGUAACUUCAUUCAUUCAUUCAGCUAUGUGCCAGACUCUAGACCUCCAAACAGAAUAAGACAGGCAAGGGCCCUUUUCUUGUAUAGCCCUGGAGGUUAUAGUCCAGUGGAGGGAGACAGGCAAUAAAUGUGGAAACCACUGUGACAAUGAGAAACCUUAGAGUGGGGAGAAUCACCAAGGCCAUGGCCGGGCUGGCGGGGGUUGGACCACGUUAGAUGACUGUACUCAGUUAGGAAAGGCCUCUUGCUGAAGUAACGUGAGGAAAUUUGAAUGGAAACACAUUUGAGCUGAGCCCUAAUGUUAUGAGAUAGUCAUGCUAAGAUCUCAGAACAAAUGUACCAGGCAAACGGGCGAACCAGGUCCUCAGCGAGCGGGCAGUGCUGACAGGUGUGGCCAGGGCUCAGUGAGUGAGAGAGGAAAGGGCAAGGUCAGAGACGGGGCAGGCCCAGAUGAUGGCAGGACUUGUGGGAUACGGUCAGCGUGGGUUUCACGCUGCGGGGAUGGGACGUCACGGGUGUAGACAGGGCAUGGGGUAACACUGCGGUUUGUGAGGGGAGAGCACGCCAGCGCCAGCGAGCGGUCAACCCAGGGGGACUGUUUGGGGAAGCUGCGCCGUAACCCCGGUGAGAGACAGCGGCGCCCAUGGCCCAGCCAUGGAAAUGAGGACGGCACGGACUGGGGGCGUUUGGAGCCGGAGCCGGUGCCAUUGGUGGCAUGCCCAAGCCCAAAGCCGGAAGAAGAAUAAAUUACAAGCAGUCGAGCCUGCAUCCUUGUGAGCCCAGGACUUGCUGGUGAGCUGAGAGGGUUCCCUGGCUGCAUCCAGCCGAGCGCCAUGGAGAGAAUCAGCGCCUUCUUCAUUGCUAUCUGGGAUACCAUCUCGACCAAACACCAAGAGGGCUUAUUCAACACCAUCUGCCUGGGGGUCCUCCUGGGGCUGCCACUAUUGGUGAUUGUCACCCUCGUCUUCAUCUGCUGCCACUGCUGCUGGAGCCGGCGGGGCAAGAGCGGCCAACAGCCAGAGCGAAACAAGAGGAAGAAGAAGAAGAAGGGUGAAGAAGACCUCUGGAUCUCUGCUCAGCCCAAGCUUCUCCAGCUGGAGAAGAGGCCAUCACUGCCCGUCUAGUUAGGCAGAGUGUCCCCUCGCUGGGGCUAAGCCUCUUGCAACCACACACAGACUAAGAAGCAGGAAUCCCUGAAAUGACACUCAUGUGCACAGAGUAACUACUCAACCAAGGAACAAACCUCAGACUCCAAGUCCCGGCUUAGGGCACUCCCAGGGAGCACGUGGACGAUCCGUGGGCACUGUCUGGGUAGCUGCGUGUCCCAUAGCGGUGCUCUCACCACAGACCCGGCACCUUCCACCUAGCUCCAGCACAGCCAUGUGCAAAAGCACAGAGAACAUGUAUCCAGACAUCAUAGGGCUCCCAAGUGUGCACGCCACUCACACCACACACACACACACACACACAAAUUCAGGCAACAGGUACACGGGCAAGUACAUUCUGUUCAUCAAAUGGUCAUUGGAUGUGUACUUUGUGCGAGGAAGUAUAUUAUCUACAGUUGCAAAAAAUAUCUCAUGGGAAGGCCUGGCCAGAUUCAAGCAUAUGUAGUACAAGUAUAUAACCAGACGAGGCCUUACGCACUGCCUAUUCCUUACACCACUCAGGUUAGAGGUGUGUCCUUUCCUGUGUCUGUCUCUACAUACCCUUUUACUGGAAAUGCUCGCAACUGGAUAUUCCAGCAACCGAGUACAUCCCCCACCCUGUGUAUGUUGAUACGGACACGCCAAGUUCCCGUGCUUCUGACCCCUCACCUGUGCUGAAACAUUUAAAGUGUGAUGGAUCAAAAUUGAUUGAAAGCUCUUUUCUCAUAACUCACGACAAGGUCCUCAUGACCACUGAUAGGUGUUUGAUGUGGCCCAAGACCUCUUUUUGAGAUGCUACCCCCAAAACCACUCAGCAAGAUGCCCUUCUCCAAGCAAAAACAAACAGCUUUCGGUAGUGGCUGCUAGAAAGCUAUGGAAACCCGCUCAUUCGCGUCAGUGUACUGCAGUGUUGUACCUGCGCACUGUGUGCUACAGAUGGAAAGGACAAGGAGAGGCUCACCUGAGCCGCUGUCUCCCGUGUACCCUAUGUAACCGGAGGUUUCUGGCAGGGAAGGAUUGCGACAAUCACCGCACAGUCUCACAGAAGGCACGCUGGGAACGAUUUCGCAGGACCGCAAUAGGUGCAUGGUAUGUUGCAGAAGGGAUGCAGAAGUAACAGAGCUUAAAUGAAAAUAGGAUGAAACUAUAGCCAGGUUUAUUGACACUUAUCUUGAAGCUCAGGCAAGUGCCUUGCACACAGUAGGUACUCAUAACUGUCUGUGGUCGCCCUGGAUAUGCGGUGAUAUUAAGGGUAAACUCAAACCUCACCAGCUCUCCUCAAGUGACCUUCUCUUCUAAGUAAGCUUGCUGACUGCGGAGUGGUUGAGAUUAAGUUGAAUGCUGCCAGCGCGUACAGGAAGAACCAAUGGUCAAGGUGACACGCGUGCCCUCGGCACCUGCGGACGCAAAGACUAGAUCCGCAGUGAGUUGGGAAAAGCUUCCCCCACCUGGGCUGAGGGUGGGAGGCAGAGUGAAUCCACUUGUAGGAUGCACUGGUUGGUAUUUUGAUUGUAUUGUGACCAUAUUACAGAGAUGGACAAUUCUCAACUUGGGAUCAGGCUGUGCUGUAAGAGUUCAUUUGCAAAUCUACUGGGAAGUUCUCCUGAAAUAUUUCCCCAGGGAAGCUGUUCUAAACAGUGGCAAAAUCACUGUCUAAUUAAUGAUGUAGCUAAACUAUUAUAUUUAUAGUAGUGAGAACCAAAGUUUUAUAAGAUUGUUUUAAUGGAAAAAUGUAGUUUAUUUGCUCACUUGGGCUCACCUGGUACUCACCUGCCCUCCAGGUGUACUCCAGGCCUGUGGAGGGUGGGCAUCUAGUGGUGACUCCCGUGCCAGGGUUGUCUGACAGGUGACCCUGGGAUUCAUAGUUCAGACCCCCACACAUUUUAGAGCCAGUCAUUAUCACCCUAUGCGGCCAUAAACUGCCUGGGCACUCAGCACCCCUACUCAUAACCCCUUUAAUUUUCUGAUUCUCUGUUCCCUUGUCAUGUGGAGAGCUUGUCAUGGAGCCUCUGGCUGUCCCCUUCACAUCACACAAUGACUAGGUGCCCACCAUUUCUCCCGCUGCCCACCAGGACGAGCUACCCUUCCUGUCUCCACCUCUGAGUCCCCCUAAACUGGACGACAUGGGGAAACGUGGAGGCUGACAUCAGCUGUCAUCUCAGCGACAGAGUGUCAGAUGUGAUCUAGGAGAGUGGACCACCAGGAUCAGGGACCAGACAAGUAACAUGGUUUCCAUGGCAACUGGUCGUUCCUUUGAAUUAAGACAGCAGUCAGUCAUCGUUGCCACCGCAAGGCCCCGUCUCCAGGCACAGCGCCCGCUGCCUCCUCACGCGGACUUGCACAAACACCCAGAGACUCACUUCUCAGUUGCUCCCAGGGCCUAGGACCCAGAAGACCCCAACCCUGAAUGGGGCCUGCCUGUCCCCCACCCCAGCCUCCCCUGAUGACCUUUACCCGAGUACCUAGAACAGUGCCAGGUACACAGCAGGCCGUCAAAUCUCUGUUGGUUGAAGGGAUCCCAAGGCAAUUGCUGGUGUCCACGCUCUUUUCCCCACUUUAUUCUCGUCUUUCUCUCCAUGUUCUAUGCUUCUCUUACUCCCUCUCCUCCCCGGCCCACAGUGCUUGACUCUUUACUCUUCUCCAUUCUCACUCCUUCCCAGCUCCUGUCCCAGAACUGCCACUGGCAGCCAGUGGGACCUCAGGGCUGGAGCCUGCUUCACUCAUCUGGGGAGGUUUCUCUUCAAGAAGAGGCUUCCUAGACCAGCACAGGCUCGGGGGGAGGCCCCAGGCCCGGACUUCAGAGCACGUACGCCGGACUGGCCGACGCUCAGAGGAGGUCUCCCCGUGCCCAGCGGGGCCACAGUCUUCAUUCCGGAGUGGGGGGGGGGGAAUGUAGGGAAAGGGCUGUCACCUCUUCAAGACUAUAAAUGGUCCAAGCUGUAUAGUAUUUGUCAAUAUUUUUUCUUUUGUAAAAUCCAAACACACACAAAAGAAAAACUUAUUUAAAUAAAAAAC